AUGCUGGCUUCAGAGAAAGGCAACCACUCGGACAUUGUAGAAUUCAUCCUCUUGGGUUUUGGAAAUUCUGCUCAGCUGCAAUUUAUGCUUUUUUUACUUUUCUUGUUGAUUUAUCUUGUGACAAUAACUGGGAACGUUCUCAUUAUUGUGUUAAUUGUGGCUGCCCCAUGUCUUCACACCCCUAUGUACUUUUUUCUUGGAAAUUUGUCCUGUUUGGAGACAUGCUAUACUUCAAGUAUAUUGCCAAAAAUGUUGACUAGUUUGUUAACAGGAAAGGCAACUAUUACUGUGAGUCAAUGUUUAACCCAAUAUUAUUUCUUUGGCUCUUUUGUAACAGUAGAAACAUAUCUUCUUGCAGCAAUGUCUUAUGACCGCUAUUUGGCUAUAUGUAGACCUUUCCUUUAUGGUUUGAUUAUGAGUAAGAAGCUGUGUGUUUAUCUCAUGGCUGGGUCAUGGCUAAAUGGGUUAGUAGCUAAUGGUAUCAUUUUGCUUCUCCUUAGUCAGUUAUCUUUUUGUGGCCCAAAUAUCAUUGACCAUUACUUUUGUGACUUGAAUCCACUAGAAAAACUAUCCUGUACUGAUACAAGCUUCCUUGAACUCAUUCUCUCUUUCUUUUCCAUCAUUGAUGCUGUAGUUCCAUUUAUUCUGACAUUCACAUCUUACAUAUGCAUCAUCAUUGCCAUCAUAAAAAUAAAAUCCAGCACUGGAAGACAAAAGGCUUUCUCAAACUGUUCCUCUCAUCUCAUGGUGGUUAGUCUUUUUUAUGGCACUAUUAUCAUUGUCUACAUGUUGCCAGAUACCCCCACUCUGAGAUAUCUUAAUAAAUUGUUCUCCAUAUUUUAUACAAUUUUGACUCCAUUGGUUAAUCCCAUCAUUUAUACUUUAAGAAACAAAGAUGUCCACAAAGCUUUAGGAUUGGUUCGAAAGAAAUUGAGAAUUUUUGGAAGAAGUUAUUUCUUUUGUUUAUAG